AAAUCUGCAGUUAGUCGUCUACCUGAAGCUUUAAAUUGAACACAAAAAAAAAAAAAAUAAAUAAAAAAAGAAGACAACAAAAAACUGUUUUGUUCAAGUAUUAUUAUUACAACAAAGUAGUCUGCCGUCAGUAUGAAAUAUCUAACAAUUGUUGCGAUUAUUGCCACUCUAAGCGUAGCGGUGGUUAUGGGCGCCGAAGAGAAAUACACAACGAAAUAUGAUGAUGUCGAUGUUGAUGAGGUCUUAAAAUCGGAACGAUUAUUCAAAAAUUAUUACAAUUGCUUAAUCGAUGAGGGUAAGUGUACACCCGAUGCUCGUGAAUUGAAGAAAAGCUUACCGGAUGCCUUGCAAACUGAGUGCAGCAAAUGCAGCGAGAAACAGAAAAAGACAAGUGAAAAAGUCAUUAAACAUUUAAUGGAUCAUAAGCCCGAAGAAUGGAAGGUAUUGCAAGCUAAAUAUGAUCCUGACGGUAUCUACUACAGCAAAUAUAAGGCCCGUGACCUUAAAAACUAAAAUUCCUUCGACGCGUAUCCUUCGCACCUUCAGAUGCUAAUACUCACUCAC